AGGGCGCACCGCCGGGGCAGCCCACGGGGCGCCCCCCGGUGCCACCCCGCCGCGUCCCCGUCGCCUUCUCCCGGGCCGUGCCCUUCGGAGGAGCCGUGCCCUCCGCCCGAGGAGGAUCGCUGUGAGCCUCCUGGCAAGCAGGUGAUCUGUUUGCCAUUUCUCGUUACCCUUCUUCCCACCUCCCCCGCCUUUCUUCCCCCCCGGCUGGACAACUCCCUCCUUUGGAGAACACGCCCAAGUAGCUGAAGAAGAGAGAAAGGGAGGAAAAGAAAAAAAGAGAGAGACGGGGAGAUAGUUAACAUUGAACCUGGGGGGAGAGCCCUGAGCCGCCGGCGCUCGGGAGGAUCCCGCAGCCCCGUACAUCGCCGGCAAUAAAGCGCUGCGUGUGACAGGCAUACAAAUCCGGGAGCGAGGGAGAGGCGGCGAGAGGGGCAGAGCGGAGCCCCGCGGGGCCAUGCUCGGCGGCCCCGGGCAGACCCCGGCAGGCAGCGGCGGGCGGCGCGGGGCGCGGCGGGGGCUGCCCCGGUCGGACGCGCUGCCGUGACCCGGCCCGGAGCGGGGAGCGAAGCCGGCCCAGCAGCGCCGCGGGCAUCAUUUCGCGGGCAUCAUUUCGUUGGGCUGAGACACGGCAAGCAAGGAAUAUGAACAGGAAAACAAGGCGCUGGAUUUUCCACAUCUUCCUGAGCCUGGGGAUUGUGUAUAUCAAGAUCGGGGGUUUUUCCUCUGUGGUGGCCCUGGGAGCCAGCAUCAUCUGCAACAAGAUCCCGGGUCUCGCCCCCCGGCAGCGGGCGAUCUGCCAGAGCAGGCCCGACGCUAUUAUCGUCAUCGGGGAAGGGUCCCAGAUGGGCAUCAACGAGUGCCAGUUCCAGUUUCGCAAUGGGCGCUGGAACUGCUCUGCCCUGGGAGAGAGGACCGUCUUCGGGAAGGAGCUGAAAGUGGGUAGCAGAGAAGCAGCGUUCACCUAUGCCAUCAUUGCUGCCGGAGUAGCCCACGCCAUCACGGCUGCCUGCACACAGGGAAACCUGAGUGACUGCGGCUGUGACAAAGAGAAACAGGGACAGUACCACAAGGAGGAAGGAUGGAAAUGGGGCGGCUGCUCUGCCGACAUCAGAUACGGAAUAGGAUUCGCCAAAGUGUUUGUGGAUGCCCGGGAGAUUAAGCAGAACGCGAGGACACUGAUGAACCUGCACAACAACGAGGCUGGGCGCAAGAUUCUGGAAGAGAACAUGAAGUUAGAGUGCAAAUGCCAUGGGGUCUCGGGAUCCUGUACCACUAAAACGUGCUGGACAACUCUGCCAAAAUUCCGGGAGCUGGGCUACAUCCUUAAGGACAAAUACAACGAAGCAGUUCAAGUGGAGCCAGUGAGAGCAAGUCGCAACAAGCGUCCAACCUUCCUCAAAAUAAAGAAGCCACUUUCGUAUCGCAAACCCAUGGAUACAGAUUUAGUGUACAUAGAAAAAUCUCCCAAUUAUUGUGAAGAAGACCCCGUCACGGGCAGCGUGGGAACACAGGGGAGGAUGUGCAACAAGACGGCCCAGCAGUCCAAUGGCUGCGACCUGAUGUGCUGCGGUCGAGGCUACAACACACACCAGUACUCGAGAGUGUGGCAGUGCAACUGCAAAUUUCAUUGGUGCUGCUAUGUUAAAUGUAACACAUGCAGUGAAAGAACAGAAGUAUAUACCUGUAAGUGAGUCCGUGGCUGGACAGGCUGACCGUGUCCCUGCCAUGAGUACAUUUGCACAUGCGCUCAACAAACCUACACAAGACUGUAGCAAAGACCUGCUCUCCCAGAAGAAAUGCUGACAAAUGGAUCCCCAUCUUUCCUUCUCACGUUUGUGGAUGCAUAUUUCAGACUUUUAACAAAAAUCAGCCGAGAAACAAAUCAUAAAACCACAAACUCCACUGAGCACCCUGCCACAUGAAACAGAGAGAUCACAUCAAUUUAUCUGCGCCUCUCUAGCAAAAAAGCAGUGACUGCCUUGUGAAGAGACACCAGAGAAAAUUUUCUGACCGCGGCAACGAACUCUCGGUUUGGAAAAAAGGAUGGUCAAAAACUUGUGUGUAGAAGGAGCGGGGAGAGUGGGGGACAAACCCUGAGACACGGGCUUUGCACAGGAGGCGAUGGACAGUGCCCCGCUGUGACUCGCCCAUGUGAGCGUGCGGAUGAUACAGAUGUAGGCUUCUACACGUGUGAAAAGCUUCUGCUGGUCUUGCCCAUCCUUCCACUUCAUAACAUUUGCUACAGCGAGUAGAACUGUUGAAAUUUUCUGUAGACACUGCUUUAUCUGCCUUUUGUGUGCGUGUGCGUGCUGCAGAUUUAGCACAGGGAUUUGGGACACUUGGGACAUAAUAAUAGCAAUAUUUAACAAUUUAUUCAGAUAAAACUAAUAUUAAUUUAUUUAAUUAAAAAGAACUCUACCGACAUUUUUGGAACUAUUCUGCAAUUAAAGUAGAUAGCUUGCUUUCUUUGUGGAAUAAUUUUCUAGAAACAGCAAGGUAAAACUGGAGCUGUAUAUAUCAUUCUUUCCUAGGAUAUUUCUAAUAGUUGGACUUGCAGGAUGUGUUCUACCGUACUAGAUGUUUAAGUACAAAAGUUGGCAUUUUAUAUAUAUAUAUGUACAUACACAAACACACUGA